AUGAAUAACAGCCGGCCUGAACUACCCUCGUACGCUAGAUUAUCCCCUAGGACAGCUCAAAAAUAUGCCGAAUCUACGGAGGAGGGAGUCUGGGCUCUCGCCGAAGUGGAGAUGUCCUGGAGAGAUCGCUACGACUACUUUGAAUCCCGUGGAUACCAACUUCGUCCUCGGUACAAAGCAGGAUGGACGCCGUCGUGGAUAGGCAAGAACAUCGAUCCUGAGUUCUGUGAGGAUGCAAUACGACAGCGAAUUCCUCAAAUUUUAGAUGCCAAACGAAAGGAUGGAACUGUCGUUAUUUUGAAGCAUACCAAACGGUCCACGCCUGAGAUCGGCAUAGCAUCUUUCCUGUCCUCGGAGCAAUAUAGACAUGAUCCUCGAAACCAUUGCGUACCUAUACUAGAUGUAUUUCACGACCUCCUAGAGCCUGAUAAGGCGUUCAUGGUGAUGCCCCUUCUGCGCCCCUUCAAUGACCCGGAGUUUGGCGCUAUAGGAGAAGUGUUUGAUUUUGUAGCUCAGACCCUGGAGGUACGCACUGUAGACUGCUCUGGUCCGAACAUCAUGAUGGAUGGUCACCCAUUGUACCCUGAAGGAUGGCACCCCGUCCGACGGACUUUAUCCCCCGAUGCUCUGCGGGAAGUAAAACCUCUCCAGCGUAUAGAUACGCCGGUCCGUUAUUACUUCGUGGAUUUCGGACUAUCUACUCGAUUUCGACCAGGCGAACGCCAUAUUGUGGUCGGUGGGAAAGGACGUGAUCAAGAUGUUCCCGAGCUUUCCAGGAUCAUCCCAUACGAUCCAUUCAAAGUCGACAUAUUCACCCUAGGUCACCUUUACCAGACCGAAUUCUACCAGGUGAGUCUGUCGUUUAUCAUGGAGGAGCCAGAAACCUACUCGAUAUCAGAAGUACUACGGCCUUGA